AAUCGUAGUGUCCCCUCAACUGAAGGCUCUGGUUAUGUUGACAAGCAGCAAGAGCAUACACAGUUGAUGAACACAUAGAGCCUGUUCAUCACAAUGUCAUGAACAUAUGAUAGAAGAAUCAGUAGUAAAUACUGAAAGUCCAUUUGAUGGUGAAUAUGAUGGAGACAGUAGUGAAGGCGUGGAUUAUGAGGACUCAACUGAAACAACUCCUAUUACUGUGGAAAUGGAUUCUUUUGGGGGGAUAGUACCAGGAGAAGAUAUUAUCAUUGGAAGGGAUUAUGAUCUUGAAGGAAUUCGAGGUCACAAGGAUAGGAAUUAUAUUCAUGGGAGAAGGCGAUCUAAAGGUAAAAAGGAAAAAUUUGACAUUUUCCGUGACACACCACAUAAAAACAGAAACAAGAAUCGCAACAAAAAGAAUGGCCGGAAGCAAGAAAUUCAAAAUGAAACUGCUCUGGAAUUAGAUGGAGUGAAACCAUCUCUUGUAGAAGAUCCCACAGAGAGGGGACAUUUAGAGCCAGCUUCACAGUUUGAGUUCUACCCUUCACGAGGGUCCUUGCCUUCUCAUGGCCAGUCAUCUCCGAUUGCUGACAAUGAAACAACACCAAAGCAGCCAAUUUGCUGGUGUGAUAAAGGUAAGGAUUUACUGUAAGUUAUGUUUUGUCUCAU